CAUGACUGCGGGGUCUGCGGGACCGGGGUCGCUGCUUCGCCCCUUCGCCAGACAAACAAAACAUCCAUAUUGAUUUUCUUCCUAGGAAGUCUAUAUAAGUAGCCUAGGUAGGUCAUGCCCGGGGAUGAUUUAUGCGCCGAACGCACAGCGUAGUUCAGUUUGUUGCCGGUCGUCGAGCUAGACGCGCCUCCCUAGCACUUUAAAAAUUCUGAUUAAGUGAAGUACCUUCUCAAAACUCAGGUGCUCUGGGAUUUAUUAUCGUGGCUGGCGACGGCAUAUUGAUAAACGAAGAUUAAGAAUUAUGCACUAAGCAAAGAACUUUGCGUAAGACUAUAAAUAAUAUACGUGAUGAGCGACAGUGGGGUAGACGACGAGUAUGUGGACCAGCAACAGAGCUCUGAACAACACGAUAGCGACGAAGAGGCGGGGCCGUCGUAUGAGCCGGGGGGUUUGGCUGAAGGUGCGCGGCCGCUCAGUCCAGACUCGCAGGAACGCGAGCGGCUGCUGCGCGAGGAGGAGCGCGAGCAAAACUUGGAGCGUCAGCGGCAGCUCAUCCGCCGCCGCCUGCACUUGUUCCAACACGUGCACGAAGCCGGGGUCAACGGCGAGGUGUUCCUGGCAGCCAACAUGGUGCCGGAGGAGCGCCACGCGCACUUCCUAACCGCGCGGCGCCUGCUCGAGUUGCUGCCGGUAGACCCCAUGGUGCUCGGCCUCUACGCAACGCACCUCGUAGACGGGGUUGGCGAACCUACACCACAAACGCUCACCAGCCACUUAACCAACGGGUAUUGCGAGUCGGAGGCUGCAGAGUGGUGGACACACGAACAGGUGGUGGCUUCGGCGGGCGUGAUGUUGACGGGCAGCCUGGUGACCCCCGGGCCGGAGGCGGAGCACGCGCUGCACCGCGUGAUGGCGCGCGCGCGUCCUGCGCAGGCGCGGAUGCUAGCGUCGCUGGCGUCCGUGGCGGCGCGCCAGGCCGGCGAGGCCGUUGAAGACGACGUGGCUGCCGCGCACGUGCUCCGCGAACUAGCAGAGACGGCCGCCUCAGGGCCGGCGCCCGCAAUACUGCUCGCGGCCAUACUCGUGCACCACGCGAUCUCCAUCGUAGUCCCCGAGUUCACCACCGAUCAUGUGCUGUCGGAGCCGUUGUCCGAUGAGGAACUGUAUCUGCUGGCUGAUCUAACGAGGAUAUCAGUUGAAAUGGAGGCUGAGACACGUCGGGUGGUGGACGACCUGGUGACGUUCGGGCUGAGCCUGUCCAUGCUGGGCUGGCAGCUGCCGGGCUUCGGAUUCGGCCGGCAAGGCCGCUUAUCGCCCCCCGCGCGCUCCCCCUCCGAACCCAGCUUGGACUUCGAUGCAGAGCUGCCUGACUGGGCGGCCGACUUGAUCUUCGUGGCGCACUGCACGUCGCCGCUGCCGCCGCCGCCGGUGCCCCCGCCGCAGCCCCCCACCCCGCCGCCGCCGCCGCCGCCACCGAUGCCCAACGUCAGCACAUCAACAAGCGACUUGUCGCAAGCCAGCGGCUCCGCGAAGGACGAAUCUCGCGCACGCGCCGCCGGCACCGAGUCCGUCGAGUCAUCGGCCUCUCCCAGCCUUAACGGCUCUCAGGGGAGCUCCCCACAGUCCAGCGGAUCUGGGGCCAUUUCACUGUCGUGCACGCGUGUGGUCAUCCAAAACGCAUCUGACGACGAAGACAGCACGGAGUACUGGUUGUCUGUGAUGACAGAGCACAUGCCAUUCUCAACCGGCCAAGACGUUAAGCGCAACGAUUAAACAAGUUUAUGAGCUUAAACAAACUUUUGUAUAUAUUUUUAUUGUAUACAUUUUUGUCUGUAAAAUCCUGAAGGAUUUACGUCUAGAGUUCUGUGCUGAGGUUUUUAUUGCAGCUACUUUUCCUUAGCGAUACAGGUCAUGAAGCUGCCGCAAGAGACGUUACAUGAAAAUAAUACAAAGAUAGCUAUAUAAAUAUUAACGAUUGAAAGAUUUUCACUUGGGUACACAGAUUACUGGAAACGGCCGGUAGUGGACCCACUUCGAAUCCAUGAUUUUUAUAUAAUUAUUAUACAUUUUUGUGUGACGUUCUCUUGCGUAUUAAUUAUUGAUAGUAUAUUGAGAAAAGCCGUUAGAAUAUUAAUUGUUAAAAAAAAGUUUUAUUACUUUAUAAAUGAGGCGCUAAUCAAAAAUGAAAAAAGGUGCUAUAAGUACUUUUAUAAUUUUCGGAAAAUUUAAAAUUUUUAAAUGAGAAGCAUAGACUUAUUAAACAUAAACAA